AUGAACUCAGUGAAGAAGAGGAAAACAGGUCGAUUGUUCACCAAGGAUAUUGAACAGUUGUUAUAUUCUUUGGGAGAUACUCCUUUGGAACUGACAGUAAAUGCAUUAGACGACUGUUUGGUUGAUUUCCUCAGUGAUUUAUCCUACAAUACUUUAAUGUAUGCUAAAAGUAAGAACAGAACCAGAGUUAAGAUAGAUGAUUUCCCUUUCGUCUUAAGAAACGAUCCUUUUAAGUUAUCCAGAUUAGAAUACAUCAUUAACCAAUCCAUCAAAAUUGAAAAUGCUAAAAAGAUGUUCGAUGAUGAUGAUAAAAAAUAUGCUGAUUUGGAUAAACCUAAGAAGAAACAAAAGGUUGAUGAAGAUGAAGAUGAUGACGAUGACGAAUAG